AUUUUAUCUAUUAUCAUGACAUCAAGUUCAGAAUCAAUACAGUUUAGUAACUCAGAUAAGGAAGAUAGUUUUGAGCAGCCUCUUAUAAAAAAGGCGGUUAAGGAAAUAGAUAAAGAAGAGCCUGGAUAAAUAAAAAUGGAAAUUGAAUGUGAUAAUUUAACACAAAACUAAAAAGUGCAAUAAGUCUAAUAAAAUAAUUAAUUUUAUGAGAAAGCAAAGAAUUAUGAAAAUGGAUAAUUAUUAUAACAAGAGAAGGAUAUUCUUACAGCAAAAGAUUAUUAUAAUUAACAAUAAAUGAACACAUUCACAGGUCGUAAAAUUAGUAGAUUAUAUUAUCUAAGAAAUUUUUAAAAUUGGGUUAAGGCAGUUUUAAUAAAUGAAUAUAGUACUGCAGUUAGAUAAAAUUUUACUGAUAAGAGAAAUGUAAUUAAUUAGAAUUAAGAUUAAGUUAUUAAAUGUAUUUGAAUUAGGAUGUGGAAAGGGUGGUGAUAUGUAAAAAUGGAGUAAAGCAGGGACAGGUCUUUGGUUUGGAAUAGAUAUUUCGAGUGAAAGUUUAAAAGAAGCAGAAAGAAGGCAUAAAACUUAAAAAGAAGAUAGAAAGAAGUAAAUAUAAAAAAUAUAUUUGAUGGAAACAAAAGCAGAUUCAGAUUCUACUUUAUUUAGAUCAAGAUUGCCUUAGGAUGUAUAUUUUGAUUUUGUAAGUAUGUAAUUUAUGGCAAAUCUUCUAUUUUCAUCUGAAUAAGCAGUAGAAAAUAUGUUUGAAGUAUAUUUAAUCGAUAAUAAACAAGAAUAUUACAUGUAGAUUAACCAAUUAAGGAAUCGUAUUGAUGACUAUUACUGAUGCUAAUGUUAUUGUAAAAAAAAUGAGAGAGUUUUCAGUCAAAGACACAGAUGGAAAUUAUAUUUAUUCAAAGAAUUAAUAUUGUUCAUUAAAAUUUGAGAGUUUAUAAUUUCCUAAAAAUAAACCAUUUGGAUAAUAAUAUCUUUUUUAUUUGGAAGAAUCUGUUGGAAUUAAAGAAGGAAACUAAAUUAAAUAUGUUCCUGAAUAUUUAAUAGAAUUACAAGCAUUUGAAGAAAAAGCUAAAGAAUACAAUUUAGAAAUAGUUGAGAAUUUGAACUUUAUUGAUUUCUUUGAAAAAUAUAAGUAGAAACAUUCUGAUUUACUAAAGAUAAUGGUAAAACCUCCAAGUGAUGAUUGGUAAGUAUAAAUUUAAUCAAUAGGAAGAUGCCAAUGGAUUAAUGGGAAAUAGCUCAUCUUUAUAGAGUGGUUAUUUUGAGACAUUUAAAAGGAUAAGCAUAGUCUAAAAUUAGAAGACAUCCACAUUUAAAUGAAUUACCUGAUUGUGCACUUGAAUUAGAAAAUGAAUGA